CUCUACUUCCCAUGCGUUCUCCCUCUGCCUCGAAGCCGUGCGGCAGUGCAGCGGCAGCUCACAUCGCAGCUUGACACGCUCCAGCUCUUUCUUCUUCUGAAGCUGUCCGUCUCUCUCCCCAGAUGAAUUUCUUUAAACUGUUCCCCGCCUAACACGGAUGCCCUUUCCAGACACCUACCAUUUUCUCCAUUAUCACCAUCAGCAUACCUUUUCUCAGCCAGGGACUACUAUAUUUUCUUGGUGCAGUGAGCUAUACUCGCGGUAUUUCUUGUCUCUCUCUCUCUCUCUUUUUUUUUUUUUUUUUUUUUUUAAAUAACUUAUGGAUGUACGGAAGCAGUCGCCCAACCUGCUGGAGUGAAAAAAGGAAACAUACAACUGGGAAAUACAACGAUUCGGGGAAUAACCACACCGCACAAUCAGUGUGAAGAUGGUCCCUUAUCUGAUAUUUAGAUGCAGGGUGCUACCGCUGCUUUUACAGUGUGUGAGAUAUUCUCACGGGAUGCCACAUGUUCUGAGAUUCGGAGGGAUAUUUGAGUCCAUCGAAAGCGGCCCAUCGGGUGCUGAAGAACUAGCCUUUAAAUUUGCUUUAAACACAAUCAACAGAAACAGAACGCUACUGCCAAACACUACUCUUACUUAUGACAUCCAAAGGAUAAACAUCUAUGACAGCUUCGAGUCCUCCAGAAAAGCCUGUGACCAGCUUUCUCUUGGAGUGGCAGCUAUAUUUGGUCCUUCUCACAGUUCUUCAGCCAAUGCCGUCCAGUCGAUCUGUAAUGCAUUGGGAGUGCCUCAUAUCCAGACUAAGUGGAAGCACCAGGUUUCAGACAACAAAGACAUCUUCUACGUCAGCCUGUAUCCAGACUUCUCAUCCUUAAGCAGAGCGAUCCUGGACUUGGUGCACUUCUUCAAGUGGAAGACAGUCACAGUUGUUUAUGAUGACAGCACUGGUUUGAUUCGAUUGCAAGAACUUAUAAAGGCUCCAUCACGCUACAGCAUUCGAUUAAAGAUCCGGCAGCUUCCUGCAGAGAACAAAGAUGCUAAACCAUUAUUGAAGGAGAUGAAGAGAGGGAAGGAGUUUCGCAUCAUCUUUGACUGUAGACAUGAAAUGGCUGCUGGGAUUCUAAAACAGGCUCUUGCCAUGGGAAUGAUGACAGAAUACUACCACUAUAUAUUUACCACACUGGAUCUAUUUGCCCUUGAUGUGGAGCCUUACCGGUACAGUGGUGUAAACAUGACUGGCUUUAGGAUUCUCAACACUGAGAAUAGCCAGGUGGCAUCCAUCGUAGAGAAAUGGUCCAUGGAACGACUUCAGGCUCCCCCUAAGCCUGAUUCUGGUCUCUUGGAUGGCUUCAUGACAACGGAUGCUGCACUAAUGUACGAUGCUGUGCAUGUGGUGGCCGUGGCUGUGCAGCAGUCUCAGCAGAUCACCGUCAGCUCAUUACAGUGUAACCGACAUAAGCCUUGGCGAUUUGGGAACCGAUUCAUGGCCCUCAUCAAAGAGGCCCACUGGGAUGGCCUGACUGGAAGAAUAACUUUCAACCAGACCAAUGGCUUAAGGACCGAUUUUGACCUUGAUGUUAUCAGCCUGAAGGAAGAGGGGCUAGAGAAGAUUGGCACCUGGGACCCUUCAAGUGGCCUUAACAUGACUGAUAACCAGAGAGAGGAGACAACUAACAUAUCAGAUUCUUUAUCCAACCGUUCCCUCAUCAUUUCAACAAUACUGGAGGAGCCAUAUGUGAUGUUCAAGAAAUCUAAUAAGCCUCUGUAUGGGAAUGACCGCUUCGAAGGCUACUGCGUUGAGCUCCUGAGAGAGCUCUCCAACAUUUUGGCCUUUACCUAUGAAAUUCGCCUGGUGGAAGACGGAAAAUACGGGGCCCAGGAAGAAAACACAGGCCAGUGGAAUGGCAUGGUGAAAGAAUUAAUUGACCAUAAAGCGGAUCUGGCUGUGGCACCCCUUGCCAUCACAUAUUUGCGUGAGAAAGUUAUUGACUUCUCCAAGCCCUUCAUGACACUGGGUAUAAGUAUACUCUACCACAAGCCGAACGGAACUAACCAAGGGGUCUUCUCCUUCCUCAACCCCCUCUCGCCUGAUAUCUGGAUGUAUAUUCUGCUGGCUUACUUGGGGGUCAGUUGUGUGCUGUUUGUCAUAGCCAGGUUCAGUCCCUACGAAUGGUAUAACCCCCACCCUUGCAAUCCUGACUCGGAUGUGGUGGAAAACAAUUUCACCCUGCUAAAUAGUUUCUGGUUUGGAGUUGGAGCGCUCAUGCAGCAAGGAUCUGAACUCAUGCCGAAAGCCAUCUCCACUAGAAUUGUAGGAGGAAUCUGGUGGUUUUUUACCCUCAUCAUCAUUUCCUCCUACACGGCAAACCUUGCAGCUUUCCUCACUGUGGAGAGGAUGGAGUCGCCUAUUGAUUCGGCUGAUGACCUGGCCAAGCAGACCAAGAUAGAGUACGGAGUGGUAGAGGAUGGUGCUACAAUGACUUUCUUCAAGAAAUCCAAGAUUUCCACAUAUGAUAAAAUGUGGGAAUUCAUGAGCAGUAGGCGGCAUUCUGUGAUGGUGAAUAAUGUUAAAGAAGGAAUUCACCGAGUACUCACCACAGACUAUGCUUUCCUCAUGGAGUCAACAAGUAUUGAGUUUGCCACACAACGCAACUGCAACCUCACCCAGAUUGGGGGCCUUAUUGACUCACAAGCCUAUGGGGUUGGAACUCCAAUGGGAUCUCCAUACAGAGACAAGAUCACUAUAGCCAUUCUGCAGCUUCAGGAAGAAGGCAAGCUUCAUAUGAUGAAGGAGAAGUGGUGGCGAGGAAACGGUUGUCCAGAAGAGGACAUUAAGGAGGCCAGUGCCCUUGGUGUCCAGAACAUUGGCGGAAUUUUCAUUGUUUUAGCUGCUGGACUUGUCCUCUCCAUAUUCGUGGCAGUAGGAGAGCUCUUCUACAAGUCCAAGCAACACGCUGAACUUGAAAAGGCCCAAUGGCGACAACGAGAUAAGAAACAAGUCCUUCUGCAGUGUCAUGGUAGACGAACUGAGGGUGUCACUGAAGUUUCAGCGCAGGUUCAAACACAAGCCUCGGCCACCCGUCAAGGUGAAAACGGCGGCGGUUAUCAACACGCACACCUCCAACGAUCACAGACUGCCAGGGAAAGAGACCAUAGCAUGAAAUGGGAAUCACUUUCUCACCCUCACCUCUUCAAUGACAAUGCAAGUCGAAAUACUUGGGAGAAUCGCAGUGGAAAUUGGUGAAUGGGACGUGGGUUAUUUUUCACAAACACAGGAGAUGCUUGAGACUAUAUUGACAAAGACAUCGACAUUCUUAUUAUAGAUACACUUGGAUUCAAUAAUAUUUCCUAUGGAAAUAACUUGAAUCCAGGGGGAUUUUCCGCAAUCACAAAUAAUUAUUCUUACCACAAUAACAGGGCACAAAGUAAAGGACGUCGUGUUUUCAAGCUUGAAAAAAAGAAAAAUCUUUAGCUGCCUGCAAAGUGGAACAUUAACAUGUGUACCAUAAUAUCAGGUUGCAAAGAGAGACUCAGAACAAACAAUAAUGGUUUGUUUGUUUGUCUGUCUUAAACAUGAAUAUCUAGAUAGCAAAAUAUGUAUAAAUCAAGAUUUAAAAAAUGUUAGGUAAGAAAUAAUGAAUAAAAGUUAAAAAUUUGAACAGAAAGCACUAAGCCUAAGUACGUUGAAUCAACGUUGUGUUUUCAACCAUGACACAAUAUCAACAUUUAUUCAACCAUCCAAAUAGCAUAGUGGUUUCUUAUCAACUUUGAAUUUUUGAUGUACAGUGAUCCCUCGCUACUUCGCACUUCAAACUUCACGCCCUCAGUCAACCGCAGAUUUUUUAAAUAAAUAAAUGCAAUAUUUUAUAGAGCUGUCUCGAGCUAAUCACGUAAUCUCUCGCUCAUGCCACUUUUCAUGGUCAGGCAGUGCACUGGAGUUGCUUAUUAAAGUUAACGAUGAUUGACAGAUGGUUAAAGUUUGAUCUUGCCAGAUACGCUUACUUCAAAGCGCUGCAUGCGUCAAUCAUCGUUUAACUUGUUAAACAGUUGGUGUGGCAACUCAUUGUAAGUGAGCGGAUUUAAGUGGACUCACUUAAUGAAGCAUUUAAUAAAAGUGUCUUUUCUGUCAGUUUUGUCAGUGUGUGUCUGGUCCUCAAGCUUUGAUUUUGUUUUAUACUGUUAAUUGAGAAAAAAAUAACAAUCAGGCAAUAGAAAUCAUUUGUUUGUGUUUACAAUUAUUCACAAUUUUAUUCUUUAAAUAUAGUGGGUGGGAAGGAUGCAGAAAUACUAUAUAAUCAAAGGAUGCAUUGUUGAAGGCCAAAAUAGCAAGCUACUAUUUUGCAUAUAUUGUAUAGUUGUGUUCAAACUUUAUUCAACCCCCACAGUAGAUAAGUGUUUUUGCAAGUUUGACAUUUAUUUUUCAUCUUGUUCAUAAUCACAUUAAAUAAUGACAUGUCAAAUAGACAAAUAGAACUAAAAUAACAAAAAUAUUUUUGGGAAUUUUCCAAUUUAUGGCCUUUCUGGUGUUACUUCAUUGACAAAAUAUUCAACCCCUUAUGUAUGUCUAACUUUAGUUCUCAGUACAACAUCCUUUGCAACAAUAACAUCCGUUAGACGUGAAGAGUUUCUUGCAGAUAUCCACAGGUAUCUUUGCCCAUUCCUCAUGGGCAAAGGCCUCCAGUUUAUUAACAUUUUUAGGCUUGCAUUCUGCAACUGCCUUCAAGUAUCACCAGAGAUUUUCAAUGGGAUUUAAGUCUGGUGAGUGCGAUGGCCACUCCAGAAUCUUCCAGCACUUCUUUGGCAACCAAGAUGUGGUAGAUGUUGAGGUAUGCUUAGAAUCAUUGUCCUGUUGGAAGGUCCAACCUCACCCAAGCCUCAGCUUUGUCAAUGACUGCAUAACAUUUUCAUCCAAGAUCUCCUGGUAUUGAACUGAAUUCGUAAUACCUUGCACGCGCUGAAGAUUCCCUGUACCUGAAAAAGCAAAACAAACAAACAUGAAAAACACGAACAUAACUGACUCCACACUGUGCUUCACAGUAGAUAGGGUGUUCUUUUCUUUAUAGGGAUCAU